CUGAGUCCUGACCAGGUUGGAUAUUGGCUGACAUCCCCAGAAUGGAAAGACUCCUCCCAACAACAGCCAGCCCGGCAAGUCUCGCUAUGCAGCAAUGCCUGUUUGACUCGGAGCGCCCACGGGGAAGGAGAAAAUCAGGGAAAGAAAGAGCUCGACCUGCAGGAGAAAGAAAAACCGUUGGACCUUAUAGCGCUGGCUUUUCCUCUCGAUCCUUCGAAAAAGAGCCUCAUCAUGCAAUAUUUGCCUUUCACUCAGUGUGAUAUCGAUCUCUGAUACUUUCCUGCCUAUUUGCCUUUUGCCAUCCCACCAGUGUCACUAUCGUUGCAGCAAUUGGACGCCGUUCGCGGCCUGCGAUUGGAUCCCAACGGCAGACCAAGCCGGAAAUCUACUCAUCAUGAGCCAAGUACCAUCGGAUCUCUUACCUCACGAUUCAUAUGUGGGAGAGAUCUAUCGUGUCAACAUCUCCUUCAUCUGCGCCAAUUCCGUCAUCAUCCUCAUUCGCUUGAUUGUCAGAGGCUUUGUCGUUAAACAUGUGGCCGUUGACGACUUCCUCAUGGUGGCGGCUGGCCUCUUCGCCGAUGCCUUUUCCGCCAUGUCGAUUGUUGGCAUACGAUAUGGCUUGGGGAGGCAUAUUUAUGACCUUCCACAGGACUCCAGAUUUACCUUGUGGACAUGCCAGAUCAUGUACGUGACAGCCUUGAUGCUGGUCAAGAUAUCAAUCGUUACAUCAUACCUUCGAGUUUUCCCGACAACGGUCUUUCGGAGACUGAUGUAUGCUCUCGGUGUGGCCAUUAUUGCGGUUUGGAUUUGCAGUAUCCUCGUCACCAUCUUCCAAUGCCAUCCAGUCCGCGCAGCUUGGGACUUUACCCUCCCGCGAGACUGCUUGGAGAUCGUCACGUUCUAUUACUUCACCACCGCCUUUUCAAUAUUUACCGACUUCUUGCUGUGUACCCUACCACUGCCGGUCUUUUUCAGGCUCAAACUUCCGGCGAGGCAAAAGUACAUUGUGUCUCUACUGUUUGCUAUUGGCCUGUUCGCGACUGUGGCAUCAGCUCUACGCAUAAGUGUCCUUCGGAGCGUCGACAGCUUAGAUGUCACCAUGGGAUCAGUAUCCACGAUGAAAUGGUCGGUGAUUGAGGUCGGCACGGGUAUCAUCUGUGCAUGUAUACCCUGCCUGAAGCCACUUUUCAAGAAUUUAUUGCGAGACAAAACCUCUGCCAACAGGUCUGGUGGCCGCGCCGAAGGACCUGGUGUGCAUACCCCUAGGCUAGGAACUGCACAUGAGGAGCGACACGAGCUGACCAAGCCUUCAGAAGGCUGGACGAACUUCAGUCGGCAAACGCUUACUCUGAAGCAGGGCCCGAUGGUGACCGCAAAGAACUUCGUCUAAACACAGAGCGCACAGGAACGACCUUUUUGCCUUUUUGGAGCUGGAUGAAAUCCUUGUCAGGCCUUCGGAAUUUUCAGCUUGUCCUCUAUUCUUCAAGAGAGCCGCAACCAGAAAAGUCGGAACGUUUGCUUUUUCAUGUACUUGAACUGCGCAAGCAACCCCCAUGUCCUAGAGAUCAGGUUUAUCUGACAUGAGCAUUUGGAGUUUGGUUAUUGCCGCCCUUCCAGCUUUUCUGCUCACAUCGCAUCGAAGCGAGACGCCUCUCUCCUGCCGCAAGACUGUUUGUACAAUUUCAAAUCACAUAUGGGGCACGGAAGUAUCCACAACAGGCCGCGAAGAGAAUGAUCGCUUACUACGCAAAAAAGAAAACGCAUUGAUAAAGCACACCAGUCAUGAGACCACGACGACUUUUACACAAUGAUCGUACAAUCGAUAUCUGCAAAGAUGAAACAGAAACAAAUGGGACAACAUACGGGAGCUGGCUCUUCCUCGGCGCGGGUGGUAUUUUCGAAGUUCAUGUUUCCUGUACCGGUUCACGCGGUGGUCGACCUUGUCGAUAACCAAGGAGUGGAACAGCUGUCUUAUCGAGCCAACUAUUUUCCUUCUCAUAUGUCCUUUCCUACUCCUGAUAUGCGUCUUUCAGCGGAUGGGUCUCCUUCUGGCAUUAAUCUCGGCGAGGAUUCACACGAUGUGGACCUGUGCAGGUGGGAUGUACGACGCACACCAAGGAAACUGGCGAGGGUGGAGGCGGCUGUCUCAAUAUCUCAUCUUCCUUAUGUGUCCCUUUUCAACAUGCUUUUCCUUUCUCAAGCUCACAGGGCAGGAUGAAGCCACGCAAGGCGGAUUUACAUAUGGGAAAUCUAUACCGGAUAAGCGAGGUAAGGGAUGGCAGGCACUAUUACUUCCAAC